AUGGGUGUUUUCACUUAUGAAACUGAGGUCACCUCUUCCAUCCCUCCAGCUAAGAUGUUCAAAGCCUUUGUCCUUGAUGUAGACCUGCUAGGAGGGCCCCUCCCAAAUAUAGUGCCACUGCCGCAGGCCAUUAAGAAUGUCGAAAUUCUUGGAGGAGAUGGAGGACCUGGAACCAUUAAAAAGAUUACUUUUGGCGUAGACAGUCAAUUUAAAUAUUUAAAGCACAAGAUUGAAGGUAUAGACAAAGAAAACUUCACAUACAGCUACAGUGUGAUUGAGGGUGAUGCUCUGAUGGAUACACUAGAGAAAAUCUCUUACGAGAUAAAGUUAAUGACAUCCCCUAUUAAUGGAGGGUCCAUUUGCAAGAGCACUUGUAAGUACCAUACCAAAGGCGACAUUGAGAUUAAGGAAGACGAAAUUAAGGGCAGCAAAGAAAGAGCCUCGGGAUUGUUCAAGGUUGUUGAAAGCUACCUCUUGGCAAAUCCUGAUACCUACAACUAAAGUCUA